AUGUCAGAGGCACCACACACUGCUCUUCAACGUCUCAAAAUAAUUGAGUGCUCCAAAUUAGUUUCAUUUGCAGGAGAAGGACGGGCUGCACCCAACUUGACUCAUCUGGAGAUAUCAUGGUGUAGGAAUCUGGAAUCAGUGUCAAUGUCAGAGGCACCACACGCUGCUCUUCAACGUAUCUCCAUCUAUGAAUGCCUUGAAUUAGUGUCAUUUGCAGGAGAAGGAUUGGCUGCACCAGUGGUGGAACUUGAAACAAAAUUUUGGGAGAUUGAAGGUCAUGACGAUUCUUUUGUGAUGCACGAUCUGUUGCAUGACUUGGCAAUAUACCUUGCUAGAGGUUUCUAUUGCAACUUAGAAGAUCUUGAAGAGGAGGAGAUAAUGAUUCAGACUCGGCAUUUGUGUGGAAUUUUACGUUAUUGUAGCUUAAAACUUUAUAAUUCUCGUUCUAAAGUAGAAUCUUUGAGGACAUUAUUAUUGUUUAAUGACCAAAUCUGGUAUCAUGAAUUCAACAUUGAAACAGCAAUAUGUGACAUAUUAUCAAAGUGUAAAUACUUGAGAGCUUUAUCCUUUCAUAAACUCAAUGUGUUGCCUAAUUCAAUAGGAGAAUUGAUCCAUCUGCGCUACUUGAAUCUCUCUGGGACAAGUAUUGAGGCACUACCAGAAUCGUUGUGCAACUUGGAAACUUGCUUGCAAGAAAUGCCUAGAGGAAUAAGCAAAUUGAAGGGAUACAAUGGUACAAUAUUUCCAAAUUGGGUUGCGGAUUCUUCUUACCAAAACAUGACAAUUGUAGGUUUUGAUCAGCUGAAGAGUGUUGGCAUGGAGUUUUACAAGAACAAAGGCCAUCAUUCUUCUUUGUGUAUUACACCGUUUCCCUCACUUGAAACAUUGGCAUUUGUGGAUAUGGCAAGUUGGGAGGAGUGGCACUUACCUGACUCAAAAACUUUUCCUCAGCUCAGGAAGCUUGAAAUAAGAGAUUGCCCAAUGUUAAAGGGAGAGAUGCGUAAUCAGGAAGAUCGUGAUGGAAGGUCUCUAGAUAUGCAACUUGAUAGGGAUACUUUAUCAAUCAAGGGAUGUAAGUCUGAAUUUAAGAUAAAAAUCAGUGGUUGCAGCAGCCAGGAAUUCCCAGAGCAACAGCAGCAGCACAAGUAUGAUUUGGUAGAGCUACAAAUAGAAAACAGCUGCGAUUCACUGACCUCAUUCUCCUUGGAUGCCUUUCCCAAUCUCAAGAUUCUUAAGAUACAACAGUGUAAGAAUCUGAAAUCAGUUUCAGUCGGUUUCAUAUCUGCUCUUCAAUGUCUCACCAUGGUCGGCUGCCCCGAAUUAGUGUCAUUUGCAGGAGAAGGACUAGAUGCACCCAACUUGACUCAUCUUAAAGUCACAGAUUGUGUCAAGUUGGAGGCAUUUCGGUCUCACAUGAAUAGUCUUCUCCCAUGUUUAGAGUCUCUUGAUAUAAAAGGUUGCUCAAACCUUUGUAGGUUGCCGGAGGGUGGUUUACCGCCUAACUUGAAUCAGCUUCUUGUGGGAAAUUGCAAGAAACAAGUGAGAGGGUUAUCAGGGAUGGGAAACUUCCACACCCUCACUCAUCUUACCAUUUAUGGUGGCUUUGAGGGCCCCAAGUCAUACCCUGAGAAAGGUUCACUACCUCAUCUUCCCUCCCUUACCACUUUGCAUCUCUAUUGCUUUCCAAAUAUGAAGACAUUGGAGUGCAACCAGCUUCUACCCCUCACCUCCCUCAAACAUUUACUCCUUUCAUACUGUUCCAAUCUGAGGAAUAUGGCAGGAGAAAAGCUGUCUUCCUCUUUGUCAUCAUUUCAAAUUCAUAUCCGUGGUUUGUUGGGAGAACAUUGA